AUGUCUGAUGUAGAGAGUCCCAGUCUGAUCGGCCAGCUGCUGCGGACAGUAGGCGGCUGGACAACACCUAACGGCAAGGGGCUGUAUAUGUUCCGUGCAAUGACUUUCAGUGACUCUUGUGCAGGGUUGAGCGGCGUCGCGACAGCCUUCGCAGCCAACGUACGCAUCGGUCCAGUUGGUGCCGUCGCAUUCGCCAUCGGCUCUUCAGUAGGCUCGGUCAUGGCCAGUAUCUAUGGCUGA